AUGGCGACCUCGACACUAUUAUCGCGGUGCUCCCGCCUCCCCACAAUAAGAUCCUUACGCAGGCUCCCUUCAAUACCAGUACCAGUAGCACAGAGGCGAGCAAUCGCAACAGGCCUUACUGCUGCCGUCGAGGAGGAAGAAGAUGCCAGUUUACAGCUCCCAUUCUCAGCCCCAACAACGACGACGACGACGGCGAAACCCCGAUUAGACCAACUCAGGAAGUCUGCAAAGCCGUUUUCGGAGUUCCUGACUGACACAUUCGGGCGCCAACACACAUAUCUCCGGAUCUCUGUUACUGAGCGCUGUAACCUACGAUGUGUCUACUGCAUGCCCGAAGAGGGCGUCCCACUCUCGCCUCCCGCGCACCUCCUCUCUACUCCCGAGAUUCUCGAAGUCGCACGUCUGUUUGUCUCACAGGGUGUCACAAAGAUCAGACUAACAGGUGGGGAGCCCACCGUGCGGAAAGAUAUAGUAGAGCUAGUGGAGGAGUUAGGGAAGUUGAGGAGUAUGGGGUUGAAAGAGGUGGCGAUGACGAGUAAUGGGAUUGCGUUGAAUCGCAAGCUGGAGCGCAUGGUGGAUGCGGGGUUGACAGGACUGAACCUGAGUCUAGAUACACUAGAUCCAUGGAAAUUUCAGUUUAUGACUAGGAGGAAAGGACUCGAACAGGUUCUCAAAACAAUCGAUAAUGCACUCUCCCUUGGCUUCGGUGCCCCCGGCUCUGACAAAAUCCUCAAAAUCAAUUCUGUCGUCAUGAAAGGUGUCAAUGAUAACGAGAUUGCCGACUUUGUCGAGUUGACGCGCGACAAGCCCAUUGAAGUACGUUUCAUCGAAUACAUGCCAUUCGAUGGCAAUAAGUGGAACAAAAAUAAGAUGGUCUCAUACAAGGACAUGGUUGACCUCAUUCACACUACACAUCCCAGCCUACAGAAGAUGGCAUCCCAGCGGCCUAAUGACACAAGCAAGAGCUGGCAUGUCCCUGGAUACCAGGGCCGAGUCGGCUUCAUUACCAGCAUGACGCACAACUUCUGCGGAAGCUGCAACAGGCUCCGCAUCACGGGAGACGGCAACCUCAAGGUGUGCCUAUUUGGAGAUGCAGAGGUUAGUCUACGGGACAUGAUGAGAAAAUACCGAGACCGAGAGGCCGAGGUUGGUGCGGGUGAUAGAGCAGUAAUGGAGAGGGAGCUACUGGAUGUCGUGGGUGCGGCAGUAGGGAGAAAGAAGGCGAAACAUGCGGGCAUGGGUGAACUGGAGAAUAUGAAGAAUCGCCCUAUGAUCUUGAUCGGUGGAUAA